AUGUCGCGUUGCCAUACGUGCGUAACGACCAUCGAGGGUAGGCAGGGGUUUGUUAGUCGCGUCCUGGGUAUAAUUACAUGUUCACCACCAGUCACUCACUUGUUGCGCAGGAAAAAAAGUUGUCAUGGGAGGCAGGAGUUCAGGAGGGUGGGCAGCAGGUUGUUAGUGGCGUCCUGUGUAGGAUUUCCACCGAGCUCUAUUUUUAGUAGCCGAAGUACGUUGUUGUUACUUUCCCCGGCAAAGGGGGCGCCCAGGUGUUGCGCCACACCUGGGCAAGAGGGAACUCCGAGGCGGCAGGCAAGCAGGCAGUGUUUUCUGGUAGAGAUCGAUCGAGAGAUAGGAACAAGCCUAGGGAUCAUAAGGCGGCAGCGGCUCUCCCUGGCACCAGUGCAGGUUGGCUACUUCCUUCGUCAACACCAACACCCCAAGAAUGCGUCUGCUGUGGAUCCUGGUGGCGGUGGUGGUGGCGGUGCUCUCCAUCGCCAGCCCGGCCAUUGCGUCGUUCGGCGGAGGAGGAUACGGUGGCGGCUUUGGAGGGAAAGGCGGCGGUUUUGGAGGGCAAGGCGGCGGUUUUGGAGGGCAAGGCGGCGGUUUUGGAGGGAAAGGCGGCGGUUUUGGAGGGCGAGGCGGCGGUUUUGGAGGGCGAGGCGGCGGUUUUGGAGGCCGCGGCGGCUAUGGCGGCUAACAGGGACAUUAGCCCCGCGUGAUGCCAAACCUGACGACGACACAUGCUCGCUCCUGGCUACAACGGACCCCCCACCCCCGAGCCCCCAGUUCAUUACCUACGGGGCUCCCUACACCCACUGGUCCUCCCGCCAGUUUUCCUCUCCUUCAAACUUCCUCUUCAGGCUUCGUUCGUCUUCCCCUGCAUCACCUGUCCCGUCUUUGCUCCUCGGCCAGGUGGAGUGGAAGCCUCACACCUGGCCCCCUACCGCUCGCUAUGACCAUACCUGUAAUUACCUCGUGCUUUGAGAGGCGCCGACUCGAUCUGUCUUGGCGCCUUUUUUUGUGUGUUCAUGUUAGUCACAAGAAUCCUGCCUUAGGGUUCUCAUACUUGUGUUUUCCUUCAAUAAAGCCAAAGUACAUGCAGCAAAA